AUGGGAACUGGUGCUUCCACAACACGUGUGCAGCGGAUCUCCGCCGAUUCGAACAGUGCUCAACAGUAAGUCGAUUAUAAUGGCUGUGGCAAAAUGCCAUGGAGGGGAAUCUAUAUGGGGACAAGUGGAAAUUGUCGUCGGUUUAUAAGCACUUUUCAUAUUCGGUCGCUCUGGUUCUGAGCGCAUGAAAUGGACUAAUCAAAAAAGGACAUUACUUUUUACCAGGCACUUUUUUUAAUGUUUUUGAAUGCAGCAAAAUGAACAUGAUAUAGCUAAAGGAAAGUAUGAAGGCCAAAUUUAAGAUUAAAAGUAUGGGAAAAAGUCUAUGAUUCAAAGAGCAGUCAAGGUUGUACUUGAUGGUGGCGUUUUUCUCCCAAAGGAUAUCCAAAAACGAGUGUUUUUUCAAACAACGAUAGGUAUCAGUCUGUCGAAAAAAUAAUGAGCCGAGAAAAUGAAGUGCCGCGACAAAAUGAAGCUGCUUUUCACCUGAGCGGCACGAUCGACGCAGCCACUUUGCUCAUCAUUUUCCCGACAGACUGAUAAUUUUUGUUGGCACUGCAAUGUUUUAUAUGAACGCUUGGUUGAUUUCAUUCUGAUCAGAAAGCGUAGGCACUCCAAUCAGAUCCCGGAAAUUUCUAGAGGGCCUGAGGUUUGAGCGGGCUGGAAUUAUGAAAAUUUGGAGAGUCCCGGGCUGGACCGUUUUGUCAAAGAGGGUCGAAUAAAACCACUCGUUGUCAAUGGCCAAAAUACAACUUUGGGACUGUUUUUUUAUGACUUGAUGAUGACUUAUUGUUAGUAAAUAUCAAGUGAGAUACUAGUACUAAAAGUUCUAAACAAUUUGUUGGCGUGUCUGUACAGUGAAAAAAAACAUUUAAAUAUCUUAAAGAUUACCUUGUCCCCUUUUACCAUUUUUCUCCGAUAAUGACUACUUUUUUACAGUAAGAAAGCCCCAUCCGCUUUGAAUCAUGCACGAAGGCCCAGCUUGGGUGCUAUUAAUGACAGGCCUCGCAGAAAUGGAGUAAGUUUUUACACACUUAUGUUUUGCUCCAUAGCAGAAUCCAAAUACCUUUACUAACACAAUCUUCUAGAAGCAGCUGGACGCAAAGGUUAACGAAGACGAGCUGGAGCAAGAAAAUAAGAUCCAAAAUGUCAUAAUGGAGCAUAAACGACAUGAAGUUGAGGAAUUUGUGGAAGGAUUGAAAAGAGAGGUGAAUAAUAAAAAAAUGGGAUUUCUUUUCCACAUCGUAUUUUACCACCUCGAUUUCAGAUCACAACUCUAGAGCUGAAGAAUCGAGAGCUUCGCGAAGAAGUCAGCUGGCUAAAGGAGCAGUUGGGCGGGGCUCCCGAACUACCGAGUGCUUUCUCUACCGCCAAAAUAAAACCGAAUGGCAUUAGCGGUGAUCUGAAGGCAAUGUAUGUGGAACUGCUCGAUAAGUAUGAUGAGCUGGUAAGGCGACUUUUAAUUUGCAAUAGAUAGACCUCUUUUACAUUACGUAUGUAGAAAAAAGUCAGAAAUGAGGUCAGUGAGAUCUCAGAUUUGACAUCAAGAAUAUCGGUUGUACAUAGUAUAUGGCUCGGGGAGCCAUAUACUAAAAUCCAAAAAAUGUGUCAUUAUGACACCCAUUUAAAAUGUGCCAAUAGUAAAAAUAACAGCAGUAUGUGGCAGUAGUACUCCUUGGAGCACCCACAAAAAAAUCGAAGUUCAAAACUUUUGCAAUGCUCAAUUUGUACGACGGAUUUUCUGGAUUUUCUGGUUUUUCACUUUUUUUUUAUUUUUUUCGCAUCCACAAACUUUGUAGUGCCGGAAUUUUUUUUGACGUGCUCUGUGGCGUACUUCUAGCCAUAUAGGGCCCUUAUUUAUACCGAUGGCACAUUUUAAAACUGUGUCAUCAUGACACAUUUUAUCGACACACAAAGAUUUAUAAGUCCCGAGCCAUAAUAUUUAUGAUUUUUUGCAGAAGAAAGAAACCAACUCGAUAAAAAACACGUCUCAAAAGCAGAUCUCUGAACUUCAAAGCGAACUGAAAGAGCAGACCGAAAGAUACCAAACCAAAGUCAAGUUUGAGCAGGAGAUUCGAGAGAGAAUGGAGGGUAAGUGCCUAAACAGAUCCGCAAUACUCUGGACCUUUCAGAGGUCAUCCGUGAGCAUCUCGGCGAGGACUACUUGUUUGGGGUGCGGAGUUCAGUGGCGAGAGAUUCGAGUGCCUCGGUGAGUUCCAAUUCCUCGAUCGAGUUGAAGCCGUUGUGCCGGAACUUCCUGCCGAAGGGAGGGAGAAUGGUAAGUUUUCAACAGUUGGGCAGCCUAUCGUUUUUCUAGCAUAUAAUGCUAGAAAAAUGCAAUUCCUGCGGAAAUAUGAUCGUAUUUUCAGAGCACACCGCUUACGGACAGCGACGAGACGUUGAAUGGAAGGCAGCUUGAAAGCUAUGUCACCGACAAGCCACUGCCUCCAAUCGCCCCGCGAAACAGUUUGAAUGGGUUUGGACCGGCGAACGGGCUGGACUUGAGUCGGGUAAGCAUUCUACAGGGUUUAAUCACCACAAGGUCCCAUUUGUAAUCAUGUGAGAAGGCUAACAAUGGAAUUACUGCGAGUGCGCGCUCAGAUUUGGAUGAAACUUGGCACAAAUUCAGUAUAAUUUUUUCUAAGACAUAUGCGAGAAUCCUAGUUCGCGCUUUGCAGAAAAGAAGGAGAUUUUUAGGUCGAAAGCUGGAAAAAAUGUAACGCCGUUUUGCAAAUUUGGCGUAAGAGUUUCGGGCCUGCAAACAUGCUUCCAGAAAAAAGUAUCUCUCUGGCCGCUUUCCGCGUGUCGCCCACUCUCUCAGCGUCAAAAAUCGUUCCAAAUCUCGGCUGCACAUGCAAAGGGCGGGCUAAAACUAUCGGGAAUUGAUCUAUCUCCUAUGCCUGACGUGUGUGCAAAGUUGGAAGAAAAUCUGAGCGCCGCACUUGAAAAUGUUUCCUUGUUUUAAAUAAUAGGGCGUAGUCAUCAGAAACUCCACCAUUUUGCGACCAUACGAGAAAGUGACGUAAAUUUACUGAAAAACUUAAAAAUCUUGUUUGCCUUUGCCAAAAACUCCAAGCAUUACCCACAAACAAUAUCAACCAAAUAUCCAACCGUUUUGUUGUUGGUAAUUUGCUGCAACUCCCCUUUUUUCAGCCGAACGACAGCCCCCUCCCCAACGAACGCCCCUCAACGUCUUCGGCGUUGGAGCAGCGAUCGAGGCGGACCAGAAGAGAUACAUUGGAAGGUAAGGGCUUCGUUCACUUUCAUUCCAAUCUUUUAGAACUUACUGUCAGCGAGAAUGACCUCAAAUCUUCAAAUGCAAUGUUCCGAAGGCCAACCGAGUCAAGGCAGCGGAGGCUGAAGAGCCGGGAACGGCGCUAUAAUGAGAGUCAACGGAACGCUCAAGCAGCUCGAGGAGAGUCCAUGGAGAUUGAAGUGGAGAGUAUUACGAGUAAUGAGGUAACUGGUGUUUUUGUUGCAAUAAGAAAUUUCAAGUUAAACAGGGAUCUAGAGCAUAUUUAUGGCCAAAAAAUUGGCCUCAAAUCCAGCGUUAACCUAGAUAAAGAUCAGACAUUUCAAGUUAAGGUUUUGAGUCUGGCCAUUUUUCAUGGGUACGAUAACAAAAACGCUUAUGAAAAAAUCAUUUUUUGCCUUAUUAGAAAGUGGCAGGAAAGGCUACAAUGUAAUCAAAAUUUAGGUCAUAAAACUUUUAGCUGCCGACUCUCUUCGGUUUUCGUCCUCUUUUGCUUGAAAAAAUUGCUGAAUAAUUUUUUUCAUAUGUCGGGAAAAUAAUGAGCCCUCUGUCGCAUCCAAAAUCGCAUCACCGCCGGGAAAAUGAAUUGUCUCCUGAUAAAAUCAAACCGCCUUUCAGUUCAGCGAUGCGACUGUCGCAGUGACAUUUCGCUCAUUAUUUUCCCGACGGACUGAUAUUUCAGCGAAUACGGUAACAAUCAUAAAUAGUUAAUUUUGGUCUACCUCUUAAAAUUUUUUGGAAAACCCGUAGAAAAUUGUCACGAUGUAAACGCAAGACGUCUUUCAUACGGUUCUACUCGGUUUUCGUCCUCUCUUGCUUGUGAAGAUUGUUGAAUAUCUCGGCAGAGCCGAGCAAAGCUAAGACUUUCAGAAAUUGAUGUCAGUCUGUCGGGAAAAUAAUGAGCGCUCUUUCGCUGCGCCAAUCGCGUCGCUGAAGCGAUAAUUACAGUGAGGGACCGGAUCCAAUGGCAAAAAACGUCUCACUUUGCAUCUCGGAAGGGACCAAAAUGUCUCCAAACCCUUCCCUUCUGUAAGCUAAUUUGAAGAGCCCGCCUUGAAGGAAAGGGCGUGCUUUUCAAAGCGGAGUAUUUUAGCUUAGAGAAGAGAAUGGCCUGGAGUCAUUUUGGUCCCUUCCGGGAUGCAAUUUUCUCGGCGGUGAUGCGAUUUUCGAUGCGACAUAGUGCUCAUUAUUUUCCCGACAAACUGAUAUCUGGCCUAGACGGACCUUACAUACAUAAUUUCAAGAAAAUUUAAGUAUUGUGUCCCAAACCAAACAUCUCAAAUUUCAGAACUUUGCCGACGCCGAGGACGUGGACGAGAUCCUCAACGUCUCCAUUCCCUCGCUGGCUUCCAUUCGACAUUCCGGCGACAGUGUGACGCCCGUGGAGCGCUUCACUCGGCUCUCUACGUCGGCCAAGAGCCGCGAUUCCGGCUUCCUGGGGGAUACCGUGGGCGAACGAACGGCGGUUCGAUAA